CCGUUCCCUCUCUAUAUAUUCCUCCUCUUGUAUCAAAUUCUCUCAUUGUAGUCUACAAUUUCUUGUGUUUCAAGAAAAUCAAAAGAAUUGCUACUGUUUGAUUUCAGCUUUAAAAAUGAGUUGCAAUGGGUGUAGAAUACUUCGAAAAGGCUGCAAUGAAAAUUGCUUACUUAGACAAAGUUUGCAAGGCAUUGAAACUGCAGAAGCUCAAGCUAAUGCUACUGUUUUUGUAGCCAAAUUCUUCGGCCGGGCCGGCCUCAUGUCCUUCCUUUCUUCCGUCCCCGAUUCCCAAAGAUCAGCGUUGUUUCGAUCUUUAUUGUUCGAGGCAUGUGGAAGGACAAUAAAUCCAGUUAAUGGAGCUGUGGGGUUAUUGUGGGCAGGCAACUGGCACGUGUGUAAAUCGGCUGUGGAGACGGUAUUAUGCGGUGGCGUUUUAAAGCCGUUGCCGGAGUUUUCUGGGUUUGCUCAGCCACCGGAGUUUGAUGAAAUACCAGAGGAUCUACAUGGAUCAAAAGAUUUGAACUUGAGGCUUAAAAAAGGUGGCCUUCAUAAUACGUCACAUGAUUUGGAUCUUGGACUUAAAGCUGGAUUUCCGGCGAGAAUGACGGCCGGCAGUAGGGUUAAUUGGAGGACGGAAAAAGGGAGAUUGACAUCGCCGCCAUCGGAUGAGUCUGAAACGACGACGUUGGAGAGUGCUUCGAUGUAUCAUCAAGAAUUACAACACCAUGAUGGACAUGAAACAAAGCUCUUGCGACUGUUUGUCUAGGUUUUGUUACAUUAACGUUUGAUUAGAGGCUAAUUGUGAGUAUUUUUAUUUUAUUUCUUAUUUCAAAUUUCAAAUUUUUAUUUUUAUUUUGGGGCCAUUUGGAUAUUUUGGGGGGCACUAGUACUUGUACUCUUCAUUUGAAUGGCUAUUUUAAAGUAGACUUUAUUGA